CUGUCCCGGCGCCUCUCCGCACGGCCGGACCCGCUCCGCCCGCCAGCCCGGCCCCGGCCCCGUCGCCCAUGGGGAGAGCGGCCCGGCGGCGGCCCGGUAGCAGGAGGCAGCGGGGAGGUUUCCCCGGCGGCCCCGCUCGCCCAUAGCCCGGCGGGGCAUGCCCGGCCCCAGGAUGCCGGCCUGGGGGAUCCUGCCCGUCACGCUGCCUGCCUUCACCAUCACCGGCAUGUGGAUCGUAUAUGCCAUGGCACUGUCCAACAACCACAUCUGCCCUGUCCACAACUGGAGUUACAACCAGUCGUGUGACAUGGAUGGCCCCAGCUCCUGCUGCACGCUGGAUCACAUCCCCCUCGUCAGCAAGUGUGGCACCCUGCCUCCUGAGAGCUGCUUCUUCAGCCUCAUCUGCAGCCUGGGCUCCUUCAUGGUCAUCCUGGUGGGGCUGCUGCGCUACGCCCACCUCCUGGAGCGCCUGGGGCCGUCCCUCCUCAACACCCUGGGGCUGGCUGCUGGCUGGGUUUGCGCUGCUGGCCUCACCAUGGUAGGCAACUUUCAGGUGGAUCACGCCAAGGUGCUACACUACAUUGGGGCGGGGGUGGCCUUUCCCACCAGCAUGCUGUUCCUGCUCCUGCAGUCCAUCCUCACCUACCGCAUGGCCAAAACCCGAGGGCAGUACUGGACCGGCCACUUACGUAGCAUCCUCACCAUUGUGGCCUUCUUCACCCUCGUCUUCAGUGGCGUGUUCUUCAUCCAGGAGAGCUUCGUGCUGCAGCACGUGGCUGCCUUGUGUGAGUGGAUGUUCAUCAUUGAUGUCCUAGUUUUCUACGGCACGUUCACCUUUGAGUUUGGGGCCAUCUCCACAGACACCUUCCUGGUCCUGCUGAAAGCCAGCCGGGCCCCCAAAAGUUACAAAGGCGAGAGCAGCCUGUCCAGUACAGCCCAUAUCCACAGCCAUGUGGAGGGCCUGGCUAUGGCCUGACCCCCACAGGAGGCAGCCCACAGUGGAGACCCCAAACUGGGCUCUGGCUGUGACUCCCACCUUGAAUAUGUCUGAAAACCCCGCUGCCGUGUGUGUGUGUGUGUGUCUGUUUGUGUGUUUGUGUGUUUGUGUGUUUGUUUGUUUGCGUGUGCACCUGGGCCUGCUGUGUCCUCUACUCUCAGCAGGAGCUGUGUCCAGCGCUCCUCUGGCAGCUGCUGCCCCUGCAAGAGCUGUCCCCUCCCUGCCCACAGGGUUUGGGGUCACUGCUGGGCUGUGGGGAUGCCAAUCUGGUGCUAUCAGCAGAGCCAGGAUCUGCCAGUGAGCCUCUGAGGUAGCCUGGUCUGAGUUAGGCUGCUGAGGGCAACCACACAGAGGUUUCCUCCUGUAAGGGAUGUGGAGGAACAGGGGCCUCACCCUCCCUUCACCACACAAGCCUGGUGUGCUGGAAGGGGGUGAGAUCUGUUCUUCGCUCCUCCACAGGGGUAAGGUUCAGCUGAGCAAGCCUUCCAGCUGGCUACUGUGCCUGUCAGAGGAGCCAAAAAACGGAGUGCCUUUUCCCUUCCUUGGGAAGUGACAGCACUGCCAGUCUGUCUGCAGCCCCGGUGAGGAUGGCAGCAGGGGUCUCUCCCUGCCUGCCUUCUCAGGUGGGGAUGGUGUCUCACUCUGCUGCAGGAUGACACCAGCAGCCCCAGCUGGACUGUGCUGACCCCCCCCACACCAGGGCUCUCACUGCUCAGGGCCUUCUAUGCCAUCAGUCAGCAACUUUCCCCACAUUUUUUCAGCUUUGAGAACUGCUGAGGCAGGUUUCACCUCCCUGGUGUCAGCAUUCCCCUGCUUCCAGCUAGUUUGGGAAAUGAGUCUCCAAAUUUACCGUCAUGCAGGGGAUGUCCCGCAGGCACCGUGCCUGCAGAGCAGUGGACUUCCACUCUGUGCCACUGCCCGCCGAAGCUGUCCCAGAGACUGCAGCCAUGGAAAGGACAGGCACUUCUGUAGGAACAGGGGAAGCGUGUGCCCCGUUCUUCUGGGACUCCCAAAUCCGUCCUGUGGUGCCUUGGGCAGUGCUCCCUGGUGGAGCCCAUCCCGCUCAUCCUUGGGCUGAGGUGCAGCCCGGGGUGUCCUGGGCAGGGGUUGGGGUAUGGAGAGGUGUGAGUGCUGUGUGUAUGUGUGUGUGUGUACGUAUGGAUCUACAAAUAUAUAUAUAUAUACACAUACAUAUAUAUAUAUAUAAAAUCCCCUUGUCCCUGGAGAGGGGCAUUUGCUGCUGCUGCUGUGCGCAUUGAUCAAGUUGGGCUUUCCUGUUUGCCCACCUUUUCCAAACCGGCCUGUAAAUCUACCAGUAUGUGUAGUUCAAAGAGGAGCCUUUCUGACUUUUGUAUCUAAUAUAUUUUUUAAAAAGUAUAUAUAAAGACAACAGUGAAUUUACAAUAAUAAAAGUGAAAAUCA